AUGGCGGAAUCAGCGCCGACAAAGGCCGUUGCGCCAACCAAGCAGCGCAAAGAGAACAAACGGUUGAUCGAGGCACAGAAGAAAUACGGACGCGGCAAGGCUGUCCAUACCCAUGGUGUAAGGGACAAGAAACUGCGAAGUAAUCUACAGGCCGUCGAAGAAAAGUACAAGGAUGCCGCUCUCCGCGCCAAAGAUGCGGAGAUUCUCAUGGAACAUAAUGCCGGGUUCCUCGAGCCUGAGGGGGAGAUGGAGCGGACGUACCGGGUGCGCCAGGACGAGAUCGCAACAAAUGUGGGCAUCGAGACGGCAAAGAAGAAGUUCGAAUUAAGGCUCGAUGAUUUUGGUCCUUAUCGAAUGGACUACACGCGGAAUGGGCGCGAGUUGAUGCUAGCAGGGCGAAAGGGACAUGUUGCGACGAUGGACUGGCGGAAUGGGAAAUUGGGGUGUGAAUUACAUUUACGGGAAACUGUUAGGGAUGCGCGGUGGCUGCAUAACAAUCAGUAUUUUGCCGUUGCUCAGAAGAAGGCGGUUUAUAUCUAUGACCGCCAGGGUGUUGAGUUGCACUGCCUGAACAGGAUCGUCGAACCCAACUUUCUUGAAUUCCUCCCCUACCAUUUUCUUCUCGCUUCAACUCAAAUGAGCGGCCACCUCAAAUACACCGACACAUCUACCGGCCAGCUCAUUGCCGAGAUCCCCACCAAAGCCGGGGCUCCAACGGCCAUGGCCCAAAAUCCCUGGAACGCGAUUAUACAUGUUGGCCAUCAAAACGGCACCGUCAGUCUCUGGUCGCCCAACACCGAAGCCCCGCUUGUCAAAGCUCUCGUCCACCGCGGCCCCGUCCGCUCAAUGGCCAUCGACAGACAAGGCCGCUACAUGGUCUCAACAGGGCAGGACCUGAAGAUGCAAGUCUGGGACAUCCGCAUGUACCGCGAAAUCCACUCAUACUCAUGCUACCAGCCUGGGGCCUCCGCCUCCAUCAGUGACCGUGGUUUGACAGCCGUCGGCUGGGGAACACAAGUCAGUGUCUGGCGCGGCCUUUUCGACGCCGCAGCCGCCGACACCCAGAAAGUCCAAUCCCCCUACAUGUCGUGGGGUGGCGACGGCCAGCGCAUCGAAAAUCUCCGCUGGUGCCCGUACGAGGAUAUCCUCGGGGUGGCGCACGACAAGGGCUUCGCGAGCAUCAUCGUUCCUGGCGCUGGCGAACCCAACUUCGAUGCCCUCGAAGCGAACCCCUACGAAAACCCCAAGCAGCGUCAAGAAGCGGAGGUCCGCGCGCUCAUGCACAAGCUCCAGCCCGGCAUGAUCUCGCUAGACCCCAGCUUCAUUGGCAGAGUCGAUACAGUCAGCGACAAGAAGAACAGGGAGGAAAAGGAUCUCGAUCGCCGCCCGGAGGACAUGAUCGAGAAACUCAAGAACCGUGGCCGUGGCCGGAACAGUGCACUGCGGAAGUAUCUCCGCAAAAAGGGCAGGCGCAAUGUCGUCGACGAGAAGCUUCUCAGGGCGCAGGCGCUGCACAAGGAGCGCUCGGCGCGUGCAAAGGAGAGACUCAGAAGCGAGAAGGAGGAGCUGGGGCCUGCUUUGGCGAGGUUUGCAAAGAAGGAUAUAUAA